AUGGGCUGCUCCUCCGGCUCACCAACUCUACCCGGAUACGCUGUCUUCUUCAACUCUAUCAGCUUUGGCGAUACUCAGGCUGAAUUACAAGCUCAUUACCACGAGGCUGUUAUCGAUGAGCUGGGGGUCGCCGCUAAGCCCCUUCGUAUCUUCGGAAUGUCGUUGAAUCUCCUGUCUGUUUUCACUACCAACUGCCUAAUUUUGACGGAGUGA